CAGCUCCGGCGGGAAUGCGGGUGGGUGGCGGUUGGGCCGGCGGUUGGCGCCAAAAGUCACCGGGCGCGCGCGGCCGGAGCCCCGGGAGCGAGCGCGAGCGCGCGUGCACGCACGGACAGAGUUCCCCCCCCCCACACCACCACAUCUUCAAUGCUGGAAGCUUUUACCAGCAGUCAGUUAAAAUGAUGCAGAAGUAUUUCACCGAAGGACAGGUUUACACUGUUCCAAUCAUCCAGUCGGACUUGCGCCGUGAAGAAGCCAUACACCAAAUCAGCGAUGCCCUUCAGUACCUCCAGAAAAUCUCCAAUGAUAUCUUCAAUAGGGUUUCCCAAAACGUGGAAAGUAAUCAAACUCGUUUGAGGUCCAUCAGUGACCGGAUCAACCUGGCACAAGCCAAGAUCACGAAAAUCAAAGGCAGCAAGAAAGCCACUAAAGUGUUUUCCAGUGCAAAGUACCCUGCACCUGACAGGCUUCAAGACUACGUUUCAAUUUUCACUGGUGCAGAUGGCUCCACUUUGCAGAAGCGUCCACGCUGCAAGAUUCACAGCAAGCUGAAGCCUCUGGAUGAGAAAGCAGCACAGGAGAAAAUAAAGCUUUAUCAUGUGUGUUUGAAAACGACGUCGCGGGAAGACAAUGAGAUGGAAGAAGGGUUGGGACGUCUACCACGAAAUAUCAGUUCCAUCAGCUCUCUUCUGCUAUUCAACACAACUGAGAACCCGUAGGUAUCACUGAAUCACUUGUAUAAGAAAUAUGUUCUAUUGGAUCCAUUAGCUGGUGCUGUGACCAAAACUCACACUGCACUUGAGACGGAGAAAGAGGAGAAGCCGUUUGAUGCACCACUCUCUAUCACCAAGAGAGAACAGCUUGAAAGACGGACAACAGAGAAUUAUUUCUACGUUCCAGACCUGGGUCAGGUGCCAGAGAUAGAUGUGCCGUCCUACCUGCCCGACCUACCUGGCAUAGCCGAUGACCUCAUGUACAGUGCUGAUCUAGGUCCUGGUAUCGCACCCUCUGUACCAGGAAGCAAUAUGCCUGAACUGCCCAGUUUCAACAUCGAACCUGUCUACACAAAUGGCCCAGAUCAGCAGAACACUCAUCUCCCGCUGCCAUCCGUAGAGCUGCCCCCGCCUGAACUACUGACGCCUACGAGUGCUCCUCCUCCACCCCCGCCACCCCCACCACCUCCACCUCCAGCCGAGUCCACCAGCAGUCAACCGCCAGACGGUAUUGCUCAGGGGGCACCUCGGGAGGUAGUGAAGCCCUCGAACGGAAGAGCCAAUCUGCUGGAGUCCAUCCGGCAGGCGGGAGGGAUUGGGAAAGCCAAGCUGCGCAAUGCCAAAUCCAUUAAAAUGGAGAAGAAGAAACAGAAAGAGCAGGAACAAGGUGGGACAAGGGAAGGAGCCGGCAAUCUGAUGUCUGAUCUCUUCAACAAGCUCGCAAUGAGGAGAAAAGGUAUUUCGGGUAAAGGUCCUCAACACAGUGAAGGUGGUGGUGGUGGUGACGGGACAGGGGAGGUUCCUGCCACAGGUGGUGCCUUUGCACGAAUGUCUGACGUGAUCCCACCCCUCCCACCUCCGCACCAACAGACUGCUGAAGAUGACGAAGACUGGGAUGCAUGAGGCCGUCUGACUGACUUGGCAAAGAUGUCCGCUUUAAACCUCUGCUUCCCGCAUAACCUUCAA